AUGUUGCGCCUCUGUCGUGCCUCACAGUCUCCGCUACUAACCUUAGCUGCCAUCACAAACCAUCAUUCAACUGCGGACCACUGUGAGACAUGCCUCCAUCAAACCAUCACGUCCCUCACCACAACCACCAUAGGUCUCGGUCGCGCCAACCACCGCAUGCCUUCAAAGCAAGUCACCUUCCCACUCGUGCCACAGUUGUCGCAAGUGGUGUCCCUGGAGUAG